UCACCACGUAUCACGUGAUACCUAGGGAAGCGUAAAAACAGUCGAUCUCUGUUAUUAAAUAAGUUAUUUUCAUGAUUUCACGCGUCAUUACAUGUUAAGAUUAAUUAAAAUGUUGUUAAUUAUUGGAGUAUUAUUGAUUCUAACGGCAUGUAGAGGAGAAACAUUUCAGAAUGGCAGUGCCUAUUGUAAGAAUAAGGCCUGUACCUUUACAGCUAAUCAAGUUGAUAUGAAGGGAGCAACGGCAUUUGGAACUUACAAUGAUACAUUGAUGGAAAAUGGCUGGGGUAUAUUAGAUAUCGUGGCUGGUAAUGGCAAUCCUCGGCCAGCAGAUGAAGAUAUCAUGUUUGCUGCUGGGUUCCUUGAAGGUCGAUUUACAGCUUCGUAAGAGAAUUGCAGAACAUUAUCAGAAUGUACGUGGAAUAUUUUUCUCCGGUGAACGAGGUCCAAUUAUUGAAGUGAAAGUAAAGAAAUAUUUUAUCCAACAAGAUCAAUGGAUGAGAAAAAUGAUCAAAGAAAACGUCCCCAAAAAUCCUUUCUGGCGCCAUGUUAGUUAUAUUAUAUCCCAGUAUGAUGGUUUGAUUGAAGGUUAUAAUGCAGCAAGACUUACCCAGAAGACAUUACCAGCUUUAAAAACUUAUGCAUUCCAAGUAUUAAAUGGUGCUGGUGAUCUAAUAGAUCUGGUCAAAGUUCUUGAUCCACAAAGUAUACCGGAUUGGAGGAAAAUGACAAAAGAACAGGCCAUGAUUUAUGCACAAGAAAGUGGACAUUGUUCAGUACUUGUCAAGGUAUUGGGAGCUUAUGAAGAUAUUUUUAUGUCUCACUCGAGUUGGUUUGAGUAUGCUGCUUCAUCUAGAAUAUUUAAACAUUAUAAUUUUAAUGUCAGUGAUAAAUCGACAUCUGCUCGCCGCAUCUCAUUCGCUAGUUAUCCAGGAUUUCUGGAAUCAUGGGAUGAUUUUUACUUAUUAGGAAGUAAAAUGGUUAUGUUGCAGACAACAAACAAUAUAUUUAAUUCAACAUUAUAUAAAUCUUGUACACCAAAUAGCCUGUUGGCAUGGCAUCGUGUUAGAGUAGCUAAUAUGUUAGCUAACACGGGUAAAGAAUGGGCAGAUAUACUUGCUACAUAUAACUCGGGGACCUAUAAUAAUCAGUAUAUGGUAAUUGAUCUAAAGCAAAUAGCUCUGGGUAAAGAAAUAAGAGAUAAUGCAUUAUGGGUAGUAGAACAGAUACCGACAUUAGUAGUAUCUGGUGACGAGACACAAAUAUUACGAGCUGGUUAUUGGCCAUCUUACAAUGUACCAUUUUUUGAAGAAAUUUAUAAUAUGAGUGGCUAUCCUGAAUUUUCUGCCCAGCAUGGUCUAGAUUCAACAUAUCAGCUGGCACCCAGAGCUAAAAUAUUCCGUAGAGAUGAAGGAAAGGUUGUAGAUUUAACAUCUUUUAAAAAUAUCAUGAGAUAUAAUGAUUAUAAAAACGAUAAAUACAGUGAAGAUAACCCAUGUAACACGAUCUGUUGUCGUGGUGACCUGGAUGCAAAAUCACCUAGAGCUGAUGGUUGCUAUGAUACAAAGGUGAUGGAUUUUAAUAUGGCUUUAAAUUUAGAAGCUGAUAUUGUUAAUGGCCCUACACUUGGUAAUGGUUUACCACCAUUUAAAUGGACACCAACAUUUAACGUAUCACACACAGGUCUUCCUAAUGUUUAUAACUUCCCAUUUAUAUCUACCAGUCCUAGAUGGAAGAAUUAAUGGAUGUUAGAUGGAGGAAUUACUGGAUGUUACAAUAUGAUAUUGACAAUCCCCUCCCCCACCCCCCAUUAAUAGAUGUAACAAUACAGCAUUUAAUCCCCUGCCCUAUCUAUACAACAUAGGUUAUCUUUCUCUACAUGUGUAAGAUGUCGAAUUUAUGAUAUUAAACCUGUAUUAUGCAAGAGAUAAAUCUACCUAUUGUAGGUCUUUCUUUGGGCCUGAAAUGUUAUAUAAACUAUUAACAUUUAUUAAAAGAUCCUAAUCAACUCUCAAUGCCAUCUCAUGUGUCGAAUUUCCACUGGAUUUGAAUCUGAUUUGCUGCUCAAUGCUCAUUGAUGAUUUAAUCCAAAAAUGGAUAAUCAAGACUAUGUUUUUUAUCAUACCGACUUUAGUAAUGAUGAUUGAGGCUAGGCCUAAAUUUCAUACGCUAAUAUCUCGGUUCAGAGUGGAGCAAUUUGACUGCAAAAUCAGCAUAUUCCCUUUACAUUAUCUAGUUUUUAACUAUUAUAGUGGGAACAGCCAGCUCUUCCAUAAUGCCCCUUUAAUAUUGUAAAUCAGUGUAAAUAAAACUAAGAUAAUUAGGUUUUAAACCUUUAUUAAAUAUCUGUAUUUAAAUAUAAUAAUUAUAAAUAUAACCAAAUACAAUGUUUUGUAAUACAGGUUGUGAUUGAAGUAAUUAGUAAUCUUUGUGUGUCUAAAUGCUAUAAGAUACUUUUAUAAUAAACUUGGUGUGUAUGUGCAUAGGGUAAAUUUCUUGACUGAGUUCAAUAAUUAACAUUUUCCUUUAAAGCUGGACUAAGCAAUUUCAUUGCUGGAUGCUUUUGGACAAGUUAACUUUGUUUCAAACUGAUGGAGAAUAAUGAAACUUAUUGUAGACUAACUAUAGAUAAUCGGUUUGAUUGCUGGAUCAUACUUUUCAACAAGAUAAAUGUGCAAUUAAUUUAUAUGGGUCAUCUAUUUAAUUUGGGAUAAUGCCUCACUGUUGACUUGUUUAUAAUUUAUAGUUAUAUGACCAAGAUAACUAUUCAAAAGCCUCCCUGAAAUCAUACUAAUUUUAAAUUAAAUUUAGUAGUACACUUGUAUCAUUCCAUUAUAUACUUUAAAAUUAUGAAAUAAUAUAAUACGCAUAUAAUUAUCUACUGCAAAUAAUUUUCCGGUUUUAGUUUGUUAAUAAUGAAUUCAAUAUUUUGGUGAGAUGGGGUAUAUAUAUUUUAAUUUUGAUAUAGUAUUUAUUGUAUAUUUAAAACCGGUGUAAUUUUAUACAAGAUGAAUUAA